AUCAUAUGGGCCGAAAUUAAAAAAAAAAGAAAAAAUUGAUUUAAAUCGGUCAUCCGGUUCAUGGGAGUGAACCCGUAUGAUACGGGUUCAUGGCACGUGUCGACGAAACAGUGGCCACGCGAUAUCGCGUCGAAGCGGAGAAAAAUAGGGAUUCGCGUGAGAGAAAUCAUUUUCUCUUCUCCUUUCGAAAACUAGGGUUUCUCGUUCUCUGAGGCGAUUUCUCGUGCGACGUCGACUGUGGGUGAUUUAGUGGUUCUAAUCGACGUCUGACUCUCUCCCCGACGAGCUGAGGUCAGUAUCGAUAACUUUCACAGUUUGAUUUAACGGAUUUGGGCUCCAAAGCGUUGUCGGUGAAUCUAAAUCGAUUUGGGGGUUUCGAGGGAGGGUUCAAAAUUGAUAUGGGGGUUUUGAUUUAUUGUUUGAAAUCUUCAUGCGGGUUCGAUUUAGGGUUUGUUUAUGGGAUUUGAGAUCGAUUUGGGAGUUUCUAGUUAGGGUUCUUAAUCGAGUUUGUGUUUGCGAUUUACUGGUGAUUUUGUUCUAAUCAUUUAUGUUUCUGGUACAGAUGGAUCCCGCAGAAGAGAUAAGAGAGACAAAAAGGCAAAAGGAGUACAUCGAUAUGGUAGGAUACGUGGCUGAUUCCGAAAAUGGUAUUCCGACGAGGUGUCCCUGUGGUGGGACAAUCAUUCACGAGGUUCGGGGGAAGGACGACUAUAACACUCUUCCUGGGAAGCGUUUCUUCACCUGCAAAAACUACGAGGCUGACGGGUUACAUUAUCGUCAGCCUUGGGUGAUAGGUGUCGAGGAGCAUAUCGAACGUCUCAGUAAGCGUUUGGAGGAGGUUGAGAUGGUGAUCAAAUGGAUGCCGGAGCUCACUAAACAAAUUGAGAGACUGGAGGCAGAGGUUAAAGACCUAACUGUGCAGGUUGAUAACCUCAAUGGAGAGGUUUACAACCUCUCUGUGCAGGUGGCGGACUUGGAGAAGCUCUGCUUCGACUGAAAAAGAAAAGGUAACACUUAACUACAUUGCUUAACUACACUGGUAGCUAGGUAGACGUAUUGAAUGGUCGAGUUUUAAAAAAUUAACUACAUUGGUAGCUAGGUAGACGUAUUAGAGUACAAUUGCCGGUUUGGUUGGUUGCGUAAUGAAUGGUCGACUUUAAAAAAAAUGAUUUGAUGUUUAUUGAAUGCUAUAUGUGUAGUACUUGUUGUGUAAUUAACUAUUAUCAAUGUUAGGUGGUUAGGGUAUGUUUAAUUUUAUUGUCCUUUCAAACACAAUACUACUUUAAAAACAUAAGCAAUCCACGCAAUCCACAUCUGAAAACACAAACCAAAUUUUUAAAACUUUAAUCGAAAACCAAAUGGAUCCUUUUUCCCUUAACUCUCCCGGUUUUGUUAACCUCCUCACUUCCCAGAGUAGUCAGCCAAUAGAUUUAGGGUGUUCAGAGGUUCCUAAACCUGCUGAAAGGCGAAAGUGGACAACGAAAGAAGAUGUGGUGCUGAUCAGUGCUUGGCUCAACACCAGCAAGGAUCCAAUCGUGAGUAAUGAGCAAAAGGCAGGAGCUUUUUGGAAGCGAAUAUAGGAGUAUGUAAAUGCUAGCCCUCUGCUUGUUGGCUCCGUUCCUAGGGAGUGGAUUCAAUGUAAGCAGAGGUGGGGAAGGGUGAAUGAGCAGGUGUGCAAGUUUGUGGGAAGUCAUGAAGCCGCUUUGAAGGAGCAGGCGAGUGGACAAAACGAGAAUGAUGUCAUGAAGGCUGCUCAUGACAUCUUCUUUAAUGACUACCAUGCGAAGUUCACACUGGAACAUUGUUGGAGAGAGCUUAGGUUUGAUCAAAAAUGGAGAUCACAUUCUUUGUCGAGAGAGGGUGCAAAGGAGAAAAGGAAGGAACCUGCGGAGGAGGUGGCUGCGGAGGAAGAUGUUAGGCCACCUGGUAUUAAGGCUAGCAAAGCAUCCAAACGAAAGAAGCACGGGAAUGAAGCAGCGUUUGAUCAGAUUGAGAGCAUAUUAGCCGCGAAAAAUCACAUAUCCAAACAGAAAAUCCUUGACCGUUUGCUAGCAAAAAAUGAAGAUAAACUUUCUGCUCAAGAAGUGUGUUUAAAAAAUAAACUAAUCUCUGAAAUGCUUUGAUUUGGUGAGAGGCUACUUUGUUAAUGAAUUUUUGAGUAGGUUAUUGGUUAAUGUGAACUUCUGUUGCUUUAAGUAUAUUGAUUAUGAUAUAUCUGAACCAAAUGCUAACAGUAUGUAUUGCUUUGUAGGUCAUGGGUUGCAGGUGGAUGCGUGUGGAGGUGGAUGCUUGUAAGAUAGUCUCGGUUUCUGCUUGUAGGUGUAGGUAAUGUCAGGUCACGGGUUGAUGCUUGUAGGUGUAGGUUUGAUUCACGGGAGAGUGUAGUAUUUUGUCUCAUUCUACACUUGUUUUAGGUUCAUCGGAUUUUAAGGGUGUAUGUACCCACAUUUUCUCUUUUGUAACUCACGGGUGUAUGUACCCGUGAAACUUGAAUCACUUGUAUGUUAAAAACUUGUCUCUCUAUAUAUAUGAACUCUAGUUCACUUAAAGUUCUGCAUCAAAACUUGUCUCUCUAUAUAUAUGUAAAACUUGUCUCACAAUACCAUUCACCACUGCCUUCUAUGCAUCUCAACCACGAUCACCACUAACCAUUCACCACUGCCUACUAUUCAUCACAACCACGAUCACCACGAACCAUUCACCACUGCCUUUGAUUCUGCUCAACCUCUACUUGUCAUCAAACAUUGAGGUUAGUUUUGUUAAAAACUUGGCUUUAAUACCAUGAUAAACACACUAGGUAGUGAAACUUUUAUGCUUGCGCAAGUGAGUUAAAGAAAACCCUAAAUCAAGAAAAAAAAAUUGUUCAUUUAAAGUAUAAAACCCUAAUCAAGGAAAAAAAAUUGUUCAUUUAAUUUAUAAAACCCUAAUGAAGGAAAUUUUUUUUAUAAAACCCUAAUCAAGGAAAAAAAAUUGGUCAUUUAAAUUAUAAAACCAUAAAUCAAGAAAAAAAAAUUGUUCAUUUAAAUUAUAAAA